CACAUGAAAAUCUCAAACCGAAAGCUCUAAAUUCUAUAUGGUUAACUUCAACCAUGGCAACAGGAGAGAAGUCAGAAGCUCCCCAGAAGGAGAAUAAAGUCACCCAUUCUGAGGAAGAAGAGAAGAAACCAUCUAAGGAUAUCCAAGACAAAGGUAGUGAAGCAAAGGAGGUGAAAAAUGCAGCAGAAAUUGGUGAACCUAAAAAAAAUGAGGCUGUGUUUGAAGAGGUAAUUUUGGAGGAGGAGAAGAAGAAGAAUGAAGGUGAAACAAAGGUGAUUGUGGUGGAGGAUAAGAAAAAAGAAGCUGAAAUAGAGAACAAGAAUAACGAGGUUGAAAAAGGCGGUAUCUCCGAAUCAGCUAAAGUUGAGAAAAGUUCAGCCAUGGAAAAAGUAGUUCCUCAUUCUGAUGAACAAGAGAAAAAUCCAUCCAAGGAUGUCCAAGACAAGGGUAUUGAAACAAAGGAUGGGAAAAAUGCAGGGGAAGCUGGUGAACCUAAAAAAGAUGAGGGUGUAAUUGGAAAGAUGUUGGUGGAGGAGAAGGAGACUGAUGCUGACACAAGGGAUGUUAUGGCGGAGGAUAAGAGAAAAGAAGGUGAAGCGGAGGAGGCGGUUUUGGAAGAGAAGAAGAACAAUGAUCAGGUUGAAAGAGGGGAUGCUUCUUCAGAAUCUACUAUAAUUGAGAAAAAUUUAUCAUUCAGGGAAAAAAGCAACUUCCUCUCUGACUUGAAAGAGCAUGAGAAAAGGGCUUUGGUGGAGCUGAGAUCGAAGGUUGAAAACGCAAUACUCGGGAACAAGUUGUUUAAGGGAAACAAGGAUCGAGUAGUAGGGGAUAAGAAGGAAAAGAUAUUGGAGAAGGAAGGUGGAGAUAAUGAGAAAAUAACAGAAAAUGGGAGGAAAGGAGAAGAAAACGGUGUGAAAGAAGCUGAGAAAGAGAAAGAAACUUCCAAGAAGGUAGAAGAAAUCGAAGAAAAAGAAAAGACAUUAGAGAAGGAAGGUGGAGAGAAGGAGAAAACAAAUGAAGCGAAGGGAGAAGAAAAUUCUGUGAAAGAAAUUGAGAAAGAGAAGGAAAGCUCAAAGAAAGUAGAAGAGAUUGAAGUUGCAAAAGCAUUGGUAGAAGAAAAGUUGGUAGUGAAAGAAAAGAAAGAAGAAGAUGGUAAAGAGAAUAAACCUUCCAAACAAGAAGAUGAGGAAAAGGAUAAAAAGGCUGAAGAAGGCCAAAAAGAGAAGAACAAUGUGGCUACUAAUCAGGAACGAAAGGUUGACGUCAUAGAUGAGGAUAUUGCAAUUUGGGGGGUACCCUUAUUGCCUAGUAAAGGGGAUAGUGCCACUGAUGUCAUACUAUUGAAGUUCUUGACGGCCAGGGAUUUCGAAGUCAACGAUGCUUUCGACAUGUUGAGGAAUACACUCCAGUGGAGGAAGGACAACAAUGUCAAUUCGAUCUUGGAUGAGGACUUCGGUGAUGAUCUUGGUUCCAUAGAGCAUAUGGAUGGUGCCAGUCGUGAAGGGCAUCCGGUUUGUUACAGCAACUUUAAGCUGCUUGGGAAUGAAGAGGUAUACAACAAGAUGCUAGGGAAUGAAGAGAGCCGUGAAAUGUUUAUAAGGAGGAGGGUUCAACUAAUGGAGAAAGCGAUUCAGAAGCUUGACUUUAAGCCUGGUGGGGUGUCCUCCAUACUCUUAGUCAAUGAUCUCAAGGACAUGCCUGGCCCCUCUAAGAAGGAGCUUCGGCUUGCUACAAAGCAGGUCGUCGGGCUACUUCAGGACAACUAUCCUGAAUUUGUUGCAAGAAAUAUCUUCAUCAAUGUUCCUUUCUGGUACUAUGCCUACAGUGCUAGCACUCUCCUAUUACCUUUCUUAACUCCAAGAACCAAUAGCAAAUUUGUCUUCGCUAGCCCUUCCAGGGUCACGGACAAUUUGCUCAAGUUCAUAGCUGCAGAGGAUCUACCAGUCCAUUAUGGCGGGCUUAAGAGGGAAAAUGAUCCUGAAUUCUCUACUGAAGAUGCUGCCUCAGAGAUUGUUGUCAAUCAGUCAUCAUCAGAAAGUGUUCAACUCCCAGUACCAGAGGUAGGAACAACUUUAAUCUGGGAAGUGAUUGUGUUGGGUUGGGAAGUGAACUACAAGGAAGAAUUUUUUCCAACUAAUGAAGGAUCAUAUGGCAUUAUUGUUCAAAAGGACAGGAGGAUUGGUGGGCAACAGGGUUCUCUCCGAAACUCUUUUACGAACAAAGAACCUGGAAACGUUGUGUUCACAGUUGAGAAUGGAUCGUUGAUCAAGAAGAAGCGUGUUUGUUACCGGUACAAGAUGAAGAAUACUUCUUCCUCUUGAAAAAUCACAGGAGUUAUUUAAUAAAAAUGGCAUCACCAUCCUUUGUAAUUGUGUACAGAGUUUUACAUAGCUAGUGAAGCAUUCAAAAUUUUCUUUUCACAAUGACAAUGCCAUUUGUGACAUACCAGACAUGACAUUUUUAUUUCCACACAUUUGUAUGAACUAUACUAUGCAGAUACUCACAAAA